CAUUUGGAAUUGAACCGGUGAACCGCUUCCAUUAAGACCGCGUUUCACGUCGAAAACAAGUCAACGUUGUGUCAUUCUUUCGGUAUAUGAUUGUUGCAAAGUGCACAUCGUAAAUAUGGCUGAGGUCGAAGAUAUUCAAAAGAAGAAGCGUGCUUUCCGUAAGUUCACCUACCGUGGUGUUGACUUGGACCAAUUGCUCGACAUGCCAAAUGAUCAAUUGGUUGAAUUGAUGCACAGCCGUGCUCGCAGACGUUUCUCACGUGGAUUGAAACGCAAGCCAUUGGCUUUGAUCAAGAAAUUGCGCAAGGCCAAGAAAGAAGCUCCACCACUUGAAAAACCAGCUGUCGUCAAGACUCACCUCCGUAACAUGAUCGUCGUACCAGAAAUGGUUGGAUCAAUCAUCGGUGUCUACAACGGAAAGACUUUCAACCAGGUUGAAAUCAAACCAGAAAUGAUUGGCCACUACCUCGGUGAAUUCUCAUUGACAUACAAACCAGUCAAGCACGGUAGACCCGGUAUUGGUGCUACCCACAGUUCACGUUUUAUUCCAUUGAAAUAGGUUCACAAAUCAAUUGUGUAUCGAUUUUCGUAUUUGUACGUUUUACUUGUACAUCAAGAAAUGGAUUUUUUUUGAAUAAAAUAACAACUACAAAAAUAAAAAAACGAGAAACUAUUAUUAA